CUUGUAUAUUUUGUGAUAACAAAUUCAAUUGUUGCUAUGAUUAGAAAUUAAAUCACUUUACGUACAUCAAGCGAAGUGUUACAUUGUAGGACUCAGAAUGGCAAAAGCCAAAAUCGCUCGCAAAGAAGAAGCCCAAUUGGCAAAAGAACAACGUCCAGAAGAUGAUGGUGAUAUAGUUCCAGGUCCUCCAGAUGGCGGAUAUGGCUGGGUCAUAGUAGCAGCUUCUUUUAUAUGCAAUAUGGUAGUAGAUGGCAUUUCAUACUGCUUUGGGAUCUGCCUUUCCGAGCUAGUGCUUCAUUACGGCGAAACGAAAGGAACCACCGCUUGGGUCGGAUCUAUUCUCACCGGGUGUACCAUGUGCUUUGGGCCCAUAGUUAGCGCAGUUGUUAAUAAAUUUGGAUGUCGAAUAACGUGCAUCACAGGGAGCAUUAUUGGAUCAGCAGCAUUCGCUCUCUCAGUUUUCUGUCCAACAGUAUCAACGCUGAUGAUAGUGUACGGCUUCAUUGGAGGUAUCGGCUUUGGUUUAAUAUACCUACCAGCCGUCGUAUGCGUUGGAUACUAUUUCGAAUCGAAGCGAUCCUUGGCCACUGGUAUAUCUGUGUGUGGAUCAGGAUUUGGGGCGUUCGCCUUCGCUCCUCUGGCAACGUUUUUGGUCAAUAACUAUGGAUGGAAAGGUACUAAUUUGUGUUUCGCUGGUAUCAUUCUGUGCUGUUCCAUUUUCGGAGCUCUGAUGAAACCAUUAGAAUUCGAAACUAUUGAACCUGUCGAAGAAGUUACAACCCCCUCACGAAAAUUAUCGGUGAAAAUCGGGAUUCCGAGAAGUAAUACCAGUGAGGGGCCGCUGGGAAAGAACUCCGUAUACAAUUCUACCUUAUCGGUUGGCGUGAAAAACAAUGUUAUCCAGCCCUUAGCAAGAAAAGAUAUAUUUUAUUCAGGAUCUGUCACGAAUUUAAAGGAAUUCCAGUCGCAAGCAACGCUCAACAGCUACAGGCAAAGCGUCCUCAAUAUUUCAAGGCCAAAAUCUAAAAGUUCAUGUCUACCAGAAAGUCUCAGCGAUACUCUUAGCCAGCUAUUGGACUUCAGUUUAGUAAAAGACCCUGUCUUUAUGGUACUGGGAAUAUCCAACAUUUUUGGUAUGGGUGCACUAUAUAUACCUUUUGUAUACCUGGUGGAAAGUGCCAAAGCUGAAGGUAUCGAUGCUAGCAGUGCCUCUUUUCUAAUAUCCCUCAUAGGAAUUUUGAACACAGUUGGUAGGAUAAUUUUCGGAUAUAUAGCUGAUUCGCCAAAAGUUGAUUCUUUCCUGGUCAAUAACUUGUGUUUAAUCAUAUGUGCGAUUUCAGUAGCCCUAACUCCUUUUUGCCAUACUUAUGCAACUUAUGUCAUGGUCGCUGUAGGAUUCGCUAUUGGAAUUUCUGGAUAUAUCUCUUUAACCUCCAUAAUUCUGGUUGAACUACUUGGUCUGGACAAGCUAACUAAUGCCUUCGGAUUGAUCAUUUUGUUCCGUGGCUUCGCCGCUUUUAUUGGAUCUCCAUUGGGUGGAGCUCUGUAUGAUGCUACUCAAUCGUACAAUGUCCCAUUUUUUGUAGCAGGCGCUUCGUUUGCUAUUUCAGCAGCUAUCAGCUUUGCUGCACCCUGUUUCAAGAAAAAGAAGACUGUAGAUAAUGAUGAAGCUCUCACGCCUAUGAAUGCUUAAUCAAAUGUAUUUUGUACACGUUUCUUUCAAAGAAUAAAUGUUAUUUAUUUCAA